AUGUCGGAUUUUGAUGAAUUCGAGAGACUGACUGAAAAUAAGAAAGAGCGGGACAAGGAGAAUCGGCACGGUCGGCGCACGCUGUCCCGCAGCCGAGAGAGGAAGAAGAGGAGCUGGGAAAGGAGGAAGAGCAGGGCAAGCCGUAGCGACAGCAAGGACCAUCAACACAGGCGCAGCACACAGACUCAAAAACAAUCCCCAGAGACUGUUGUCAGUCGCUCUCCAGCUCUGCACAGAGUGAAGAAGAAAGUGAGGAAGUACUGGGAUGUUCCGGCACCAGGCUUCGAGCAUAUCACCCCCCUGCAGUACAAGGCUAUGCAGGCUGCUGGCCAGAUCCCAGCCACGGCCCUACUGCCCACCAUGGUAACUCCAGAGGGGCUGGCCUCCACCCACACUUCUGUACCUGUGGUGGGCAGCCAAAUGACCAGGCAGACCAGGAGGCUCUACGUAGGCAACAUACCUUUCGGUAUCACAGAGGUAAAAGAGCUAUUGAUCUCCUUUGGCCCUCUGAAGGCCUUCAACCUGGUCAAAGACAGCGCCACGGGCCUCUCCAAGGGCUACGCCUUUUGUGAAUAUGUGGACGUCAAUUUGAAUGACCAAGCCAUUGCAGGGUUGAAUGGGAUGCAGCUGGGGGACAAGAAGCUCCUGGUCCAGAGAGCCAGUGUUGGGGCCAAGAACGUAGCUCUGACAGGUAUGAACCAGACCCCGGUGACCCUCCAAGUGCCAGGACUGAUGCCCACCUCCAUGGCCUUGUUGGGUGGCCUGCCCUCUGAGGUGCUCUGCCUGAUGAACAUGGCGGUUGUGGAGGAGCUGCUGGAUGACGAGGGUGAGUGCAGCAAGUACGGCCAGGUGAAGAGCAUCGAGAUCCCCCGACCUGUGGAUGGCCUGGAAGUCCAAGGCACUGGGAAGAUCUUUGUGGAGUUCAUGACCCUGUUUGACUCCCAGAAGGCCAUGCAGGCGCUGACAGGCAGGAAGUUUGCCAACAAGAUGGUGGUGACCAAGUACUGUGACCCAGACGCCUACCACCGCCGAGACUUCUGGUAGACCUGAGAACCAGCGAGAGGGAGAGAAGCAGAGUUUCAUGUUAUUUAUGUAAUGAUAUGAAUAUUUAUGAGCAUCACAACAACUCAACUUUUUGCACUUUUUUGAAGAGGAGGCGUAGAAAGUUCAUUUAAGGCCACUUAUCACUGUGAAAUCAGCAGAAUCGGUUGAAGUAUUACUUUUGUCCUCGUCGCUUAUAAUUAUAUGAUUUCAUUCAAUGAAUCAAGUUCAAUCAUGAUUUUAACCAUUUAUUUUGUCCAUGCCUGAGCCUCAGGUACCAGUUGUUUAUUGUUACACCAACUGACCAACAGUAUGUGAACACCUGCUCAUCGAACAUCUCAUUCCAAAAUCAUGGGCAUUAAUAUGGAGUUGUUCCCCCCUUUUCUGCAAUAACAACCACCACUCUUCUGGGAAGGCUUUCCACUAGAUGUUGGAACAU